UCCUGACCCCAAGGCCUUGUCACCAACUCCAGCUCUUCUCUGAGUGAUGGCUGCUGACCAAGUUCCCCAUCCCUGGAUGCCUUCUCUGAUUUGGAGCUCCCAAACCAACUCCUCCCUGAAUCCCCCAUGCAAUGUGGACACUGUAACUCAGGGACCCAGCCAUUCUGCAGCCAGGUCAUUUCCCAUCAUUCUCAGAAGUAAAGAUACCAUAUUGCAAUGGGUAGAAGUGUGUCACCCCAAAAAGAUAUGUUGAAGUCCUAACUUCCAGUACCCCCAGAAUGUGACCUCAUUGUAAAUAGAGUCUUUACAGAGGUCAUCAAGUUAAAAUGAAGUCUUUAGGAUUAGGGUGGGUCGUAAUCCAAUAUGACUAGUUCCUUUAUAAAAAGGAGAAAUUUGGACACAGACACAUACAGAGGGAAGGCGACAUGCAGACAGUUUCCUAACUAGAGUGAUGCAUCUAUGAACCUAGGAACACCAGGACUUGCUGGCACACACCAUAAGCUAGAAGAGGCCAGAAAGGAUCUUCCCCUAGAGGCUUCGGAGAGAGCAUGACGCUGCUGACAUCUUGAUCCCAACUCAGCCUACAGAACUGGGAGAGAAUCAAUUCCUACUGUUUUAGGCUUCCUAGUCUCUGGUACUUUGUUACAGUGGCCCUAGGAAGUGGAUGCUUGGAUAAGAAUACAGGGUGGCAGAAGACUUAACAUUUGAAUAGGAAAACAUCAGCACUACUUACAAAAAGGGACAAACUGCUGAUACCUACAGCAGCUUGCGUGGAUUGCACUGGGCUAUAAAGGGGGGGUCCUUGUGAAGGAAACCCCGCAGCAUCUGGACAGUGGUGGUCACAGAUGUCUAGGUCUACCAACGUGACCACACUGCACAGAACUCAGUACACACAUGCAAAUGAAUGCAUGAAGGAGAUUUGAGUAAGGCCUGCGGUUGCAUCAGUGUCAAUUUACUGGUUGUGUUAUCUGUGGUAUAGCUAUUCAAGCUGUUACCAUGGGGGGAACAGACUAGAAACCCUGAGAUGUCACCUUUGCCUAAUCUCCCUCCUAGAAUUGGGAUUUUCUGCCUGUGCAUCAGGAGCUUUCCCAUAACAGACCCUGUUCUCAACAACAUCAGUCAGGCCUGAGACCCGCAGAAAGAAACAAGUGCAACUGCAGAAGAAGAGGAUGGUAGACUAGAGCACUCCUCUAAUGAAAGGAAGUAGGGAACAGAUGAGUUAGGUGCCCCGGCCCUCAAUUUUCUCCGUCCCACACCUCCUUCAAAUAUCUGAAAUCUUGCUGGAGAAGAGAGAAGCAGCUGGAAUAAGAAGGAUGGCCCGGAUUCAGAGCAGGUGGCCUGGGUGACGGUCCGGGGUGGCUUGAGCGCCGCGCGCAGGUGACCCGAACGGCCGCACCGCGACGACACCUCUGCCACCCACUGUCAGCGACACUUCCUCUGUCACCCUGCGCGGCGUAGGGCCGCUCGCCGCCAGCCCAUCGUCCAGGUCUAGUGCGGGAAUCUCGGGAAGCUGAAGUCGGAGCCGCAGGCUGAGACAAGCGACCGGAGGUGACCGAGUGGAGAAGUCAGGCGUGAAUGUCCACCAGCCCUGUGUACCGAAAAGCGUCCGCUUCCCGCCGGCUCUGCUCACUCCCUCUGCGUGACGACAAGGGACCGAAUGGGCUUCUAGGGUCCUCAGGGUCAGGGAGACAAGGGAAGGUGCUGGAGGACCCCGGGCUUCCGCAGGGUCCACGUCCCCGCUAGGCACUCUCCGGGGACUGGUCGGCGACGGGGGCCACGAAGGCUGCCUGCCGGGGCUUUCUGGAGAGGGUAAGGAUGCUGAGUCACUGAUCUGUCACUGCUCCUCACCUCUCCCAGCCCUCUGGGGGCUAAAGCAAAAGCGAAAGCGAAUGCGGCUCGUGGGGCGGCCAGUCCCGGGACCUGAGCUCGCCACCUUCCCCCGGGAGCGGAUGACCGCUGGCCGGUGAGCGUCCGGGCCGACGCGAGCCCGCAGGUGGAGGGCGGAGGCACGGCCAAGGCGGGGCAGCGGCACGGUGGCUGCGCGGGGCGCGCCCUGCCCGCCCUGCUGUUACUGCUGCUCCGGCCGUCGGCGACGCCGGCACCUAUGUCAUACCAUCCACAUCCUGGCUGAUGAAACCUCAUCCUAACUCCACCUCCAGUAACAGAGCAAUGUGAGCCCCUAACAGCUGCCCAGGACCCCCCACCUGCCCCUUUUCAGUGACCAUCUCUGCAGCGCUAAGGAAGUUCUGGGUAGAAAAAUGGAGGCAGUGGGAGAGGCAUGUCUUGCCUGCCAGGGUAAAAAGGGAAGAGAAGCUCAUGCUACUGAAUUCUGGAGUCUAAUCGAGGACCAACAUCUUCCACUCAGGGUACCAUGGGGCCUUUGGGGGAGUUCUUUGGGGGAAAACUGCACGGUUGACUCUUGAACAAUGAAGGGGUCAGGGGUGCUGACCCCUGCACAGUCAAAAAUCUGUGGAUAAUCUUAGACUCCCCAAAACUUAACUAUUAACCCUACUGUUGACUAGAAGCCUUCCUGAUAAGAUAAAUAGUUGAUUUAACAUGUAUAUGUGUUAUAUACUGUAGUCUUACAAUAAACUAAGCUAAAGGAAAAUAAAAUGUUUUUCAAAUUGUUGCAAAUCUCCAAAAAAUUUUCCAAUGUAUUUAUUGAAAAAACUCACAUGUAAGUAGACCCAUGUAGGUCACACCUGUGUUGUUCAAGGGCCAACUUAUUAUCAAGCAGAAGGUAUGGUCAGUCCAGAGCUUUCCCCAGCCUCCUGUCUGGAGCUGGCAUUCCAGAGCAUAAGGGAUAUUCCCCAAAGGCACCACAUCCUCAGAAGCUUGCUGACUCUUAUUCUUGCCCUGUGAAGCCCUUGUGGGCUUGGGGAGUGAGGAGAAUAACAAACCCACAGGCUGGUCACACUGGUGUGCAGGUAAGGCCCCAAAUCAGCAUAAGGGAAGCUGAGAGGCAGAGGAAGUUGUUAAUUUAGAAUUUCUUUAUUUCUGGGUAUCAAAACACAGCUUGAGAGCCUCCUGGUCUUCAACAUCAGCUGUGAUCAGAAUCGCCAGUGGAAUAAGGGUCCCAAACCUCCCUGUGGCUGGUGGGGGCAAGCUGAGAUGGCAGAGCCAACUGCUUGGAUAUUGGACGUGGAUCACCUCCCUGGAGUGGAAUUUGAGAGGAAUGACACCCAAGACUUUCUAAACCUAAGUGGAUCUGAUACCAUGAUUUGCCAUUGAACUUUCUCUUUUGAAUCCUGAAGGCUCUCCCAGGAGCCCCAUUUCCCUAGUAGGUCUUUAGUUCAGUUUGCGAUAUUAGGAUGUGGUGAAUAGUGGCAGGUUCACUUGUCUUUUUAUUUCUUAACCUGGAGAUGCUGUUGGUGAGCCAUAGGGACCUUUGUCCCCCUUAACCAUGUAUGACCUGCAGUCUGGAGAUUGGGGCUCUGCUGACGCACCUAGCAGAUCCCUUCUGUGAUCCUAAGCUGGAAUCCUGAUGGCCCCUCAUUACUAUGCCCAUACUCAGCUCCUUUGCCAAACUCUCCACAAUAGAGAGGAGUGUUGUAGGAGAGGUUUUCUUUCUUUGCUUUGGAUUACAUCUCUCUAACUUUUAAAUGAACUGCUUCAGGGAAACAAAGGAGUCAGUGGGUUGUUGAGUAGGAGCACUCCUCAUUGCCUUCAUAAAUACCCAUGCACAAUGUUGGCAGGGCUGGUGGCCAGAAUGGAAUCCCUUUUGGGGAGACAUACAAACACAAAAAAUUCCACCAGAAAAGCUUUCAGUUAUUUAAGAAAUAUGUUGUAGGCCAUUGUCAUUACACACAUGGGUACCAACAGGCCAGUGUUGGGCUGGGUGUGAGCAGGCCCCACUGAGGGCACCCAAGGGCAGGGCUUGCAUGUGGCUCAUCUGUAAACCCAGCACCCCAAUACCACCUGGCACAUCAAGGGCCUUAGAAAGAUACUCUGAGUAAAUGAAUACAUGCAGAGUGUUUUCUAUUUUAAGCAUCUGUGAAUUUAUUUGCUUCAUUCCAUCCAUACUCUCUAGCCCUUGGGAACAGAGAAAAACAAGUUACUCCUGAAGAAAAGAAGGAAAAUAAAACCACAGAAAUGCAAAGCCAAAUGCAGUCCAUGGACCAAGUCAACCUUCCAGGCCACUGUGGGGAGCCCCCACCAUGGGAACAUGAAGCUUCGGAAAGAAUUUACCAUUUCAGGGUGGGGCAGGCAGUUCACUACCAGUGCGCCCAGGGAUUCAGGGCCCAGCAGAGAGGUCCUGCUGAGAGCAUCUACAAACUGCUCUGUGGGGAGACGAGGUGGACGUGGCCACAGCUCAAGUGCAUAAAUGAAAGUGGGAGUCAGUUCCCAGGUGAGGGUGAGCCUCAAGCAAGUACUGAUGCUCCUCCUGGGUGUGACACUUCCUGUCCCUUAAAAACGACAGGCCCCACAGGCGCUACAGGUACUACAGAUUUUCAAAAACAUGCAGAAGUGGCUACCACCAUAGAGACGUUCAUAUUUGCAGUCAAGUACCAGUUAGCAGUGGCUGGCUGCGUCCUCCUGCUGAUCAGUGUCCUCCUUCUAAGUGGACUCACCCGGCAGCAGAGAUGGAGGAAGAGUAGAAGAACAAUCUAGAAAACCAAGAGUGCUAAGAAGCCAAGAACAGCCCACAGAAGUCAUGGAGCACAAGUGAAAUCAAAGAAGUCGAACAGUCACCCAAGAGGCACCUCCUGUGAUCCCUUGGAUCUGGAAAGCUCUGAAGUCCCUUACAGAACACCAGACAUCUGCACACCCACCAUGAAGCUCUGUAGUAUCAACCAGUGAGCUUGAUCUGCUUCUAGGCAGCAUUUCCAAGGUCACUGGAAGAACAGGAAGGAACAACUAGAACUCUCAGUCUUAUUUUCAUGUAUAUGUAUUAAUUAAAGCUUGAAUGGCAUGGAACUCUCUCUAUAUCACAUAGAGCAUAAAGAAAAGAAGCCUCAUGUUAAUGUCAUCCCAACUUCCCAGUCAAGAAAUCCAAGGAAAACCCUAGCACUAAUGUAAAUUCACACACACAUACUCCGUAUGUAAGGUCCUAUGAAAUUGCACCUUGUCACAUGAUCCACGCAGUUCCCUUCCCAGCCUCUGUUGGACUAGCCCAUUCUCCCAGUCAUAUUCCUGAAUGAACACUCUCUAAGAACUCCAGACUGCUAACUAUGAAUCUUUUUGUCCUUAACUCAGUCCUCUAAACUAGCCCUCUUCCCCUGAACCCUCAAUUUUGAAGUUCAAAGAACAGAGGCCAUGGAAGAAUUACCAAGGCACGGUAACAACAAAGAGGGCAACCAAGCUCUUAGAACUGUAGAGCUUCAAUAUUUGAAAGGAUUUUACUGGAGUUAAAGUUGGGAAAAGUAGGAUAAACUGGUCCCAGGUGGCAAAGUAUAUGAAGAAAUCUUCACCUGUACAUUACUAACAGGCUCUUCAAGAGUUCUUUUCCUUGGGAUUGCUAGAAAAGACUCUGAAUUUGGCCUGCACGAAUUUGAUGUUUACAGAUAGACACGCAAUCUGCAAAUGUGUGUAUUUCCAAAUUACUAUCAUAAAAACACACAUAAGGGAUCAAUACAUUCAAUGAUUAUGGGAGGAAAGAAAGAAGGAGGCAGUGGGGAAUGAGGACAAAGACCAUGGUAAGAAAGUGACUCUGGAGAAGCUACACCGAGGGUCCUCAGACUGUUAGCAAAAUGCUUAGCAAAGCAGAAUCAUCUGGAGACCCAGAUGGCUGGGCCGACGUCCAGUUUCUAAGUCAGGACAUCUGGGGUGAGGCCCAAGAAUUUACAUUUCUAACAAGCUGCAGUUGGUACUGAUGGUGCUGGCUGGGGACCACACUUUGAGGACCACUGGUUGUACCUCUCCAUGCUCACCCCACUCCCCACCCCCAAUUCCUACUGAGAAGGUAAUCUUUAGGUGCUGAGAUUUCAGUCUGAUCAGUUUGUGAUCAGUGCUUGAAUAAGAUACCAGUUCUCAAACUGGUUGACUCAGAUGUCCUGGUUGAAUAAAAUCAUAUGAUUAAAGGGAUUAAUGAAAAGUUUAAACCAGCAGCCAGUUUUCAUUUCUGAAAGGGCAGGAAAGCAUUAUUUUAAAAAAAAGGAGGUGGGGUGGGCAGGUGUCAUCAGGUCCUUAUCAGACCAAAGAACCAUUUUCUGUCCUGUAACCAACCAAGCACAGACCAGCCUCUGCUGUCAACAUCUAUCUGCUCCAUAUGUUGUCUCAGUAAAGUUGAGAGGGAUCUCAGGGCAAAACAAAAAAAAUUUUUUUUUAAUUUACUUAUUGUCUUGCCAAUGGGUUUUAGCCUAGGGCAAGUUCACUAUGGAUUCAGUGAGACCAUGGAAUGACAAUGGAAUGUUCUUGGGAUGAAAGAGUUUAUUACCCAGUUUGUUCUCCCAGUGAUAAGUCAAGCACUAGAAUUACAUCUGCAACCAGCAGUCUGCAGGUCUGUAAUCCUCCCUCAUCUCUGCUUCUGCCUAGAGCGCUUUAUAUAGUGACUCAGUCAAUAAUAGCUUAUUGCUUAUGGGUUUGGGAACAGUAGCCUAGCAACAGGCCAGUUACAUCAUCAAGUAGUUUAGGUUCAGGUGAGGAUCCUGACCAUAGGAAUCUUCACUUUAUCAACACUCCUCCCCGCCAGGAUUCUCGCCUCACAAUCUACAUGCUCUCAAUCUUUCUCAGUGGUCCCUAUGAGAGAAAGCUGGGCAUUGUAACCAGAUUCCACAACAGUAAUAGAGGAUAACAACAACAUAGAGACUGUAACAAAAAUUAAGAUACAAUAAAGUU